ACAACAGAGAAGAAAGUAAAACACGAGAAGGAAUUUGGAAAUGGACGCUACAGGAGGGCCAGCUCCGCCUGCCGACGCUGUGAUGAUGGAGGCGCAGCCUGACCCGCAGCAGCAACCGGCGAUGGGGAUGGAGAACAUAUCGGCGACGCUUAGCCACGGAGGGAGAUUCAUUCAGUACAACAUAUUCGGCAACAUCUUGGAAGUCACCGCCAAGUACAAGCCCCCCAUCAUGCCCAUCGGCAAGGGCGCUUGCGGCAUCGUUUGCUCGGCUUUGAAUUCGGAGACGAACGAGCACGUGGCCAUCAAGAAGAUUGCUAGUGCGUUCGACAACAAGAUCGACGCCAAGAGGACUCUCCGCGAGAUCAAGCUUCUUCGCCACAUGGAUCAUGAAAACAUUGUUGCAAUCAGGGAUAUAAUACCACCCCCACAGAGGGAGACAUUUAACGAUGUAUAUAUCGCUUAUGAGCUAAUGGACACUGACCUGCACCAAAUUAUUCGUUCAAAUCAAACAUUGUCAGAGGAGCAUUGCCAGUAUUUCCUGUAUCAGAUCCUCCGUGGAUUGAAAUAUAUACAUUCUGCAAAUGUUCUGCACAGGGACUUAAAGCCCAGCAAUCUUCUUUUAAAUGCCAAUUGUGACUUAAAAAUAUGUGAUUUUGGACUAGCUCGUGUCACCUCCGAAACCGAUUUUAUGACAGAAUAUGUCGUUACAAGAUGGUACCGUGCACCAGAGCUUUUAUUGAACUCUUCUGAUUAUACCGCAGCUAUUGAUGUAUGGUCAGUUGGCUGUAUUUUCAUGGAAUUGAUGGAUCGGAAGCCCUUAUUUCCUGGUAGAGAUUAUGCGCACCAACUAAGUUUGCUUAUGGAGUUGAUUGGCACCCCAUCAGAGGCUGACUUGGGGUUCUUGAAUGAAAAUGCUAAGAGAUACAUCCGGCAACGUCCUCUUUACCGUCGGCAGUCCUUCACUGAAAAAUUUCCAAAUGUCCAUCCUGCAGCUAUUGAUCUUGUUGAAAAGAUGUUAACAUUUGAUCCCAGACAGAGGAUUACUGUUGAAGACGCUUUGGCGCAUCACUAUUUAACAUCUCUGCAUGACAUCAGUGAUGAGCCUGUCUGCAUGACUCCCUUCAGCUUUGACUUUGAGCAGCAUGCACUGAGUGAGGAGCAGAUGAAGGAGCUGAUCUAUCAAGAGGCUCUUGCAUUUAACCUCGAGUAUUAGCACCCAUAAGGAGUCGUGUUGUUUAUUCACUCAUCGUGGAUUUGAUCAGUGUAGUCUCUCUGCUUUAUACAUUCAGUGAUUGAUUUCCUCGUGUAUAUAUGUUGCAUUUCAAAAUGGGUGGUUCUGGAGUUAAUUUACUUGUGGGAAGAACAGAAUUCAGAGACUCUUACAAAUCUUUGCAUGGCGAAUUACCUUUCCAUUUGUUAUUCUAUUAUUUAACAGAUGUAUCUCUCUUUCUCUAUCUUUGUUUUUCUUCUCUUUUAA